AUGGAAGAGAUCCCCGAGGUGUGCAGAAAUGAGGUGAUGGAAUGGGAUCAGCAGGUCCGGCGGCUAGGAGGCCUCCUGAUGGGAUUGUUGAGCGAGGGGCUGGGAUUGAGUCUGGGCAAGCUACAGGAAUUGACGUGCUUGGAGACAAGGGCCAUGGUGAGGAAUUACUAUCUGUACUGUCCCCAGCCCGAUCUGACGAUCGGCUUGAUGUCCCACACGAACCUAGGAGUGAUCACAUUGCUCCUGCAGGACCAGGUUGGCGGGUUGCAAGUGAAGUACAACAAUGAGUGCAUGGAUGUGUCUCGGAUCAUGUCCAACAAUGAGUACAAAAGCGUGCAUCACCAGGUGUUGGCCAACCCUAACCAAGAGCCACGUGUGUUGGUAGCAGUUUUUUGCAACCUGAGCAAUCGCGAGAAUGAGUUCAAACUGUUCCCAGAGCUCAUAUCCUUAGAUAAACCCGCUGCUUUCUGGCAAUUCAACCUCAACGAGUACAUGAGGAGAUUCUUCACGAAGGAGUUGGAGGGGAAAAGUUCGAUAAAUUACUUCAGGGUAUGA